CGCUUCCAAAAAUAAUUCAACUCCACCUCCAUGGUCCCAACAACAUACGCUCUCUCCUCUCUCUUCCCUCUCUUACUUUUUCUCCUAAACUCUGGCGAUGAAAUGAGACGUAGUAGUUAGAGACAACGAGCGAUGGAAGCAGAUUUGAAAUCGGUAACGGCUUUCCUUAUCGUCCUCGCCGUCCUUUUCUUUCUUUGCGGUGACGGUGCGGCGGUGGAGGAUGAGACCGAGUUUCACGGCGACUACUCGAAGCUGUCGGGUAUAAUCAUUCCGGGAUUUGCGUCGACGCAGUUGCGAGCGUGGUCGAUCCUCGACUGUCCAUACAGCCCGUUGGACUUCAAUCCUCUCGACCUCGUUUGGCUAGACACCACUAAGCUUCUCUCUGCUGUCAACUGCUGGUUUAAGUGCAUGGUGUUAGAUCCUUAUAAUCAAACGGAUCAUCCCGAGUGCAAAUCACGCCCUGACAGUGGUCUUUCAGCAAUCACGGAAUUGGAUCCAGGUUACAUAACAGGUCCUCUUUCUACUGUCUGGAAAGAGUGGCUUAAGUGGUGUGUUGAGUUUGGCAUAGAGGCUAAUGCAAUUGUCGCUGUUCCGUACGAUUGGAGAUUGUCACCAACCAAAUUGGAAGAGCGUGACCUCUAUUUUCACAAGCUCAAGUUGACCUUUGAAACUGCUUUAAAACUCCGUGGUGGUCCUUCUAUAGUUUUUGCCCAUUCUAUGGGUAAUAAUGUCUUCAGAUACUUUCUGGAAUGGUUGAGGCUAGAAAUUGCUCCAAAACAUUACUUGGAGUGGCUUGAUCAGCAUAUCCAUGCUUAUUUCGCUGUUGGAGCUCCUCUUCUAGGUUCGGUUGAGGCAAUCAAAUCUACUCUCUCUGGUGUAACGUUUGGCCUUCCUGUUUCUGAGGGAACUGCUCGAUUGUUAUCCAAUUCUUUCGCUUCUUCGUUGUGGCUUAUGCCAUUUUCAAAGAAUUGCAAGGGUGAUAACACCUUCUGGACGCAUUUUUCUGGUGGUGCUGCAAAGAAAGAUAAACACGUAUACCACUGUACUGACGAGGAAUAUAAAUCGAAGUAUUCUGGCUGGCCCACGAAUAUCAUCAACAUUGAAAUUCCUUCUACUAAUGGCCUUGAUGCGUAUCCAUCAGUUACAGAAGCAGUUCAAGCCAACAUGACCAGCAUGGAAUGUGGUCUCCCCACCCUAUUGUCUUUCACAGCCCGUGAACUAGCAGAUGGGACUCUUUUCAAAGCAAUUGAAGACUAUGACCCAGAUAGCAAGAGGAUGUUGCACCAGUUAAAGAAGUUGUAUCAUGAUGACCCUGUUAUGAACCCUCUGACUCCUUGGGAGAGACCACCUAUAAAAAAUGUAUUUUGCAUAUAUGGUGCUCAUCUAAAGACAGAGGUUGGUUAUUACUUUGCCCCAAGUGGCAAACCUUAUCCUGAUAAUUGGAUCAUUACGGAUAUCAUUUACGAAACUGAAGGUUCCCUCGUGUCAAGGUCUGGAACUGUGGUUGAUGGGAACGCUGGACCCAUAACUGGGGAUGAGACGGUACCCUAUCAUUCACUCUCGUGGUGCAAGAAUUGGCUCGGACCUAAAGUUAACAUAACAAUGGCUCCCCAGCCAGAACACGAUGGAAGUGAUGUACACGUGGAACUGAAUGUUGAACAUGAGCAUGGAUCAGACAUUAUAGCGAACAUGACAAAAGCACCAAGGGUUAAGUACAUAACCUUCUAUGAAGACUCUGAGAGCAUUCCGGGAAAGAGAACUGCGGUCUGGGAGCUUGAUAAAACAAAUCACAGAAACAUCGUUAGAUCUCCGGUACUGAUGCGGGAGCUAUGGCUUCAGAUGUGGCAUGACAUUCAGCCUGGUGCAAAGUCGAAAUUCGUCACAAAAGCCAAGCGCGGGCCACUUAGAGAUGCGGAUUGCUACUGGGAUUAUGGGAAAGCCUGUUGUGCUUGGCAAGAAUACUGUGAAUACAGAUACAGUUUCGGGGAUGUUCAUUUAGGACAAAGUUGUAGAUUGAGGAACACAUCUGCUAAUAUGUUGCUCCAGUACAUAUAGAUUUCUACGUUAAGCAAAGGACCAUUCAUUCCUCUACAGUUUUCUCUCCCAGUAAGAGGAAAAAAGCUUCAAAACGGUCAAUUCUUAUUGCUCUCUAUUUCUACACGUUUGCCUUCUCACGCAAAGGUAUUCUUUUGUGAUUUUUUUCCUCUUACGAGCAUAUGAUAUUUUGGGGGUACAGCGAGUGCAGUUACUUUGAAUUUUUACGGCUAAAGUAGUAAAUCCAUAUCAAAUAAAAAAAAUAAGAAGAAAUAUAUUUGUUUACUACAAUUGCGAUUUGUGCUUCUAGCCUUCUACGUAUCAAUGGAGAGAAACAGAACAAUUCUGACUAUGUUUUUAUUUUGUUGUAUUUGGUUGGUUCCAUUUUCUCUAGCUUUUUGUGUUCACAAAUCUUUUUUGACUAAAAAAAAAAGGAAUUUUGGUUGCAUUUAAAUUCUCUAGUGUUUGAUUGUUUCGAAUGUAAGCAUUUGAGUUGGCAGCCAAAUGAUAAGCACGAUUUAUUAUAUCACACCGCUGAAUUACUACUAGUUAUGUAAAGUGAUAAAAUCCUUGUUAUAUAUUCUUGC